UGUUUACAUUGUCUUCCCCCCCCCACCCUGUCUUUCAAGUGGACGUUUUCCAAAUGACCCCGUCGUUUCAACAAGUGGUUAGAUGGAGAGAGAAAAUAUAUCAAGUGCUUAUAGUUAGUUAGCUCGUAGAUUUAUCAAAAGCAGAGUGGGUAGACUCUUUUUGUCGAUGUGCACAAGAGUAACUAACCUAACUAGCCCAUUUCGCCUGCUGGGUUCUUCUAGAUGUAGCGACCUUACGUUAAGUAGCUCAAUCUAGUCAAGUAAUUUAGUCAACAAACAUUGAACACAGAAACUAAACAUUUUGAUUUCCUUGCUCCAAUAUGGGGAUGUGUUUACCGUGCCUUGGUGGAUCUGGAAACGCCUUGUCCCCCACACCAGAUCGAGAGACAAGGAGACGUCAGCUGGCAGAGACAGCUGAGCAGAGACAGAAAGAGACAACCUACAGGGGCGUCAAAAACCCCCAAGCAGUUGAUAGAAAUAAAAAGAAUAAGGAGAUGGAGAAACAAGAGAUGAGACCGUCUCCACCUGGAGGAGGAGGGCUGAAGGUUAGUCCUCGUAUUUUCAACACAGUGAACACAGAUUAUGUCAUGUCACAGUCUGCCUGCAACUUCAAGAGUUGA